CCCGGAGCGUGCUCUACACUGCAGCCUACAGCUAUACGUCAUGGUCGGCUGAUAGGAAACGACAUACAGCAAAAGCGCAUAUAGGCGAUCGAGGCGGAUCUCUUGCAAGAUUUACUAAACCGAGUUCGCAUUCUGCAGCCUACUUGCGCCGCCAUGCCUUCCAUUAAAAGCCUUACGUUCACAUACGACGCCCUGAACGAGUACGGGACGUUUUCGGAGGGGGACACCAUAACAGGAGCCGUAAUCCUGGUCUUGUCAAAGGAAUGCAAAAUUGGACAGCUGGUCGUAAAGGCCAAGGGAGACGCCGAAGUACGUUGGACGAAAAAGCAGGGCGAGCAAACCCAUACAUACUCGUCGCAUAGGAGAUAUUUUAAACUGAAACAGUUUUUCAUCCAAGAGGAGACAGUUUUGCCCCCAGGCAACCACAUCCAUAAAUUCAGGAUUACAUUACCAAGAGUAAGCAUGCCUUCAUCCUUCAAGGGAAGUCACGGAAAGAUUGCCUACCAGCUGGAAGUGAAACUGUCCAGGAGCUGGAGGUCGGAUUGGACAGAGCAAAAGGAGAUCAAAUUUGUCUCCAAGUCCGUUGCAAAUAUCCGAUCACUAAUGUCACAAAAAAUUGGUUCAGCAAACAAAGACAUGGGGUUUUUCUCCAAAGGACACGUACACAUGGAUGUCACUGUUGACAAGAGCGCUUAUGCAGCAGGUGAAAGAGCGAUGGUUGUUGCAAAAGUCAACAAUUCUUCAUCCAGUCAGAUGACACCCAAAUUUAGUUUAAUCCGGGAUGUUGUGUAUCGUGCCAACGGCAACACCAAGCAUGAGACCUUAGUUUGCCUUAAAGUGGUUGACAACUGCAUUAAAGCCCACACAGAGACGGAGGUCAGGUGUCCGAUGCAGAUUCCUUCUGACACAAUCCUGACAAUUCAGAAUUGUGAGAUUAUCUCAGUGGAAUACCAUUUAAAGGUGUACCUGGACAUCAGCUUUGCUUUUGAUCCAGAGGUUGUGAUUCCAGUGGUCAUUUUACCUCCUGACUAUCAAAGCAGCAUAGCUGGUGCAGCCAACAGUGACUUCCCUCCUACUGUAGUGUUUACAGGCCCUUAUCCUGUAUCACCACGUUCACCCAGUAAUGGAUACCCAGGAGUCCAAAACCCUCCAAUGUACCCACAAAGUGUGUACCCUCCUUUGCCAACACACAUGAGUGGAGCCUAUAAUAACCCAGUGCCACAGGUGCCUUCUCCAUAUCCAUCCCCAUCCCCAUAUUCAUCCCCAUCGUCGUCCAGGGUGCUACAUCCUCCACCAUCUGCCCCCCAGUUUCACCCCCCACCAGUAGCCCCGCAGUUUCACCCUCCUCCAUCUGCCCCAGAGAUCCAGUCACCUCCAUCUGCCCCAGAGAUCCAAUCACCUCCUUCAUAUCAACCCCCAACAGGUCCUGCAUACAACCCACUGCCUUCUGCACCCACGAUGAGUAUAGACUUCCUGUCUCAAGACUUUCUGUCUCAGACAGAUGAUGGCCCUCCAUCAUAUUCACUCCUUUUCCCGUCUUCUACUACUGACACCUCUGAUGCAAAAUAACUGAAAGAAGGCUUUAAGGUCAGUCAGACUGUUAAGAAGUUGGGUGCUAUUAAAUACUUGAUAGAUACAUUAGAACAAAAUGUGACAUUAUAUCAAUUAUACUGUAUGUCUGAGUAUUAAACUGUUUAGGAAAGCAUGUAUACAUACUGUAUGUGCAUGUGUAGCGUAUGUGUUGCCAUUUUUUUUAUGCAGCUGCUAAAGAAAUUACUGAAAAGUUACUCAUCAGGAUACACUGUUUAAAUGCCUUGUUCAAUGUUCAAAGUGUCCUUUUUUACACUAUAUAUUCAACAACUAAUGCACCUCACUCUUCUGUUCAAAGGCUGUGACAAUGAACCAGGAACAUAGUUACAUACCAAAAAAAAAAAAACAACAUUUUUAUAUAGUUGUUAGCGGUAUCAGUACUAAGAUGUCAAAUAAUCUCUUACACCUUGUAGUCUAUUAACCUUUUAUAGGACACUCAUUGGGAAAUAAUUCUUAAUUUCAACCGUAGAGUGUUAUUGUAGGGCAUAAAAAUACUUUUUUACUUUCAUGAUGUAUAUAUAUAUAUCAAAUUACAAGUGCUGAUCCAAGCAUUUAUAAACAUACAUGUUAUCACAUUAUAUAACAGCUACUUCUUCAAAGCGAUCCCACUCAGUCUCAAUGUAGAGGUGAACCUCACGAACUGAGCAUCAUGUAUUAAUGAUACAUGAUGCUCAUUAAUACAUAAUCAAGGAAGAUCAGUUUCCUUGAUCUUCUUUGAUUAGCUGGGUAAAAAAAACACAUGCUUCUCAACCUCGCUAUGUGGCAUGGGGUCACAAUUUAAAAGGUGUGUGGAAGUUACCAUACUUGGUUCCUCGCCCCAUACAGGGUUAAGCUGGACCCUGAGGCGACUACUUAUGUCAGUGUUUUGCACUUUAUUUGUUGUAAUAAUCACUAACUGCCAAGUGUUUUCUCUGACUCUGACUUAAAUAAAGAUCAAUAACAAGGUU